AUGUUCACAGGAGCUGGGAGCAGUUCUGUGGUAGCUGGAGAAGAAGCUCUUCCCCCUUUACCUCCUCCAGCAGAAGCGCCUGCGGACGCAAGGCCUUUGGAUGGUAAUGUUUGUGCAGAUUGUCAGCGCUUGCUGGAUGAUGCAAACAAAUCGGCUCUUCCUGGCUAUUGCAAGAAAUGUUUCGCAGCAGAGGCUGCUUUGAACCUGGUGGGCAGACCAUACGACCCAUACGCCCAGUGCAUGCUUUGCGCUGGGCAGAUCAGUGCAGAAACCAAAUCUCCUGUGCCUGGGUGCUGCUUUGAAUGCUACGAGCAGCAAGAUGCUAUUCAACUUGCCAUGCAGCAAGCAGCGCAACCAGUGACAGUGGCAGAGGAGACGCAUGCUGCGGAACCUGCACGGCGGCCGCUCGAAAGUCUAGCUCCGGAAGCAGAGCCGCCGGAGCCGACGAGCGUUCCCCCACCAGAAGGCUGCAGGCGGCGCAAGAAGGAGAGCGAGCAAGAUUGGUUUGCUCGCGUCCAGAAGCAUCGUCACCAGUCGCAGGCGCAACAAAAGCAGUACCGAGAACAGUGGAAAUCCUUCGACGAGGGUCAUCGUGAGCGUUUUCGCUCUGAAGUGGAGUCCUUGGCAGGCAGUUCAGAACCAAAGGCUGUUUGCGAUAGCAAAUCUGUGGCCGUGGCGACAGCGCCUGAGCAUCCAACACCAUGGCUGCAGGUCACGGAUGGCAAGCGAAGUGUCGCUCUGCCAGCUGGCUUCUCUGCAUCGGACUUGAAAGUGCGCUUUGACAAGUUCGCUCAGAAUCCAGCUGGGUACGAUCAGAAGAGGUGGCUGAAGUGGAAUGAGCGAACUGGCACGCCCCUCUCGAUCUCUGAGUUUCAGGAUGGAGUGAUUGUCAUGAAAUUGGAGAAGCAAGGGGCCCUAGCCAAUGCAGACAGCCUGGAGCAAGUCAAAUCUAUUGUUGAAGCUCACAGACCAAAGUUCUCGCACUUGUGGGCGAGAUUCAGGGAAUGGAUAGCGAAGCACAAGCAGCAGGAAGGCCAAGUGGCUGUUUCGAAGUUGAAGGUGAAAAGUGUGGCUCAGGUGUCUUCUUGCCAGCCCGCUACAGUAGAGAGAGCUAUGAAUGACUUGGAGUCCAUGAUGGCAAAUUUGGGCUUGACAGUGGAUGGGGUGCUGACUCAUGAAGGCUCAGCUCGUCUGAUUGUCUGUGAUGAGAAAGGCUUCAGUGCCAGGUCAGAUGCCAUCGCAAAAGGCAUCACCACCCGUGCUGGUCGUUCGCUGGCCUCAACUACGGCAGCUACAACAUCUUUCGAGCAUGUUGCCGUCACAUCCUUUAUGCCGGUGUCUGGGCAAUCUCUGCCUAUUGGUGUGAUCCUUUCCCGCAGGACGUUGCAUCCCUCUCUGCAAGAAAUUUGGCCAGAGGCAAAGUUCUGGUGUAGCGACAGCGACUCCCAAACGCCGGAAUCUUUCCCUAGCAUGCUAGAGGAAUGCUGUCUACGGCCUUUGCGUCUGCGGUUUCCAAAUUUUGAUGACAAGUGCCUUCUGGUGAUGGAUGGCGGCGGUGGCUCUUGGCUCCACAUCUCUGUUCCCACAGUCUUGCUGCUUCAGAGAUACGGGGUGGAAUGCUAUGUCUUACCAAGUUACACCACGGCUGCUCUUUGCGCUCUGGAUCAACAGCGCAUCGUAGCAGAGGCGCUGAGCUCUCAAAAUGCCUUGGCAGGCUGGGCUCGCUGUGGAAUAAUUCCAGGGGAGUUAAUGGAAAAGAAAGUGGUCCUUGAGGAGCGGUUCGCGGAAUUGUUUACAUCGAAAAAGUCAGGUGCUGGUUCCCUCAGUGCUCCCCAGACAGCCAACGCUUUGUCGCUAGUCAGCCAAAUUUCUCCAAAGAAGAAAACAUGCGGGAAACAUUCUUGCAAGUGUAUGGUGGCUGCGACGAUGCGUUUUUGUCCCGAGUGUGGUUCUGAAAACGCGCAUUACGAUGCAAAGGUUGCUCAGCUCUUCAAGAGCGGUCGACGCCCAGGCUGGCACAAGCCGCCAGAAGCAGAGCCGCUCUUGCCUGAGACGGAGGAAGAGAAGAAGCUAGCCCGUGGUGUUGGAGAUCUUUUGAGCCGCUUGAGAAAGGCUCCACCCAC